AUGGGCUGGAGGUUGAUCCGCGUCUGCAGAUGGGUACGACGGCGCCAGCCCAGGUUCAAGGCCUACCUCCGCCUUAAGCCUGUGGCCUCUCCAUCAUCCUCUCCUUCUUCCCCCUCGUGCCAACGAGAAAUCGGAGGGAAGAAAACCCUAAUGGGAGCUAAGAUUGCUUCUUGGUAUCGCUCCCUCGCCAGACGCCUCGGGCCACUUUCGUUCCAAUUGCGGGGAGCGGAGAGGAGCUACCACCGCGUACCCGGGUUUCACCGCCUCAUCUCAUCUCAACAUCAGAACAAACGAGGUUCCCCUCUCCACCAUUCGGAGCAUCAGCAUCAACAACAGCAAAGGAAGGCUCCGCCGAAGGGCCACCUGCCGGUGUACGUUGCUGGGAAGGACUUCGACCCGCCGCGCCGGGUUCUGGUGCCGGUGAUCUUUUUCAACCACCCGCUGUUCGUAGAUCUGCUGCGGAGGGCGGAGGAGGAGUUCGGCUUCCACCACCAAGGGGGGAUCACCAUCCCUUGUCCCAGCUCCGACUUCGAGAACGUCUGUACUCGCCUCGCCGCCGCCGCCGACAGCAGCCUCCUCACUAGUAGGCCCCAAGGGCUCCGCCGAUGGGCGCUGCCCCUGAAUCGACGCCGGUAG